AUGCGGUCCAACGUCGAGACAGUGGAUCUUUCCAACACUGUCAGCGCUUGCUAUUCGCCUGCGACAAUUGCCCCGGCUAACAGGAUGAUCCAUAUCGCUGGCCAGCCAGGCAGUACAAAGCAUGGCUUAGUGCCUGCUGAUUACGAGUCGCAGAUCCAUUUGGCGUUGCUGAACCUGCGAAAGCUCAUCAUCGCCGCAGGAUCCUCCAUUGAGGACAUCGUCAAGCUCAAUCUUUUCAUCGUUGAUUACGACGCCGGCAAUCGCAAGCACACUCGUCACAUCCAACGAUUUCUUGGCGGACACCGGCCGGCCAUCACCCUUCUGCCGGUCCCCAAGCUGGCGGUGCCCUCCUGGCUAUUCGAGGUGGACGCCGUCAUCAACCAGCCCGAGCCUCCCACCCCCCCUGCUCUGCCUGCUGCAAAAGAGACGACCGACGUUAUCAUCGUCGGCGCGGGUCUCGCUGGUCUUACUGCUACCCACGAUAUUCUGCGCGCGGGUCAGUCAUGUCUCAUCCUCGAGGCCCGGGAUCGCGUUGGUGGCAAGACCUGGAGCACGCCGCUCAAGGAUGGCAAGGGGUUGGUUGACCUGGGUGCCGCCUGGAUUAACGACUCCAACCAGAGCAAGGUUUACGCUCUGGCGCAGCGGUAUGGGGCCGAAUUGAUAGAGCAAAACACCAACGGGAACAUAGUUUUGCAGGACGCUGAUGGCAACUGCUCUCCUUUUCCCUACGGAGAGCCCCCGAACUUUGACAAGGCUACCAAAGCGCAUCUAGCCGACAUUCGCGACAUGUGUGAGGCGGAUUGCCAAGAACUCGACACAUGGAGACUGAAGGAUACCAGACUGGACUCCAUCACGUUCGAGGCCUACCUACGCUCGCGGGGAGCUAGCAAGGUGGCAAUCGAUACUGCGACUGUCUGGACCCGCGCAAUGCUGGGCCAGGACCCCAAGGACUUGUCGGCUCUCUAUUUUCUCAAUUACUGCAAGUCUGGAGGUGGUCUGCUGCAGAUGCGCUCCGACCGUAAGCACGGUGGGCAAUAUCUGCGAGUGCGCCAGGGUACUCAAGUGUUUUCUUUGGGACUCGCAUCCUCGCUGCCAGAAGGCGUCGUCCGACUCUCAAGCCCCGUUCACUCGAUCAUCCAAAAUGCUAACCAGACCGUAAAGGUGCAGACCAGAGGCGCCAUCUAUGCUGCCCGGAAGGUCAUCAUCACGGUGCCGAGCCCGGUCAUGAAGUCCAUCACAUUCCACCCCCCGCUGCCACUGGCCAAGCAGGCGUGGAUUGCGUCCACCACCUACGGGUACUACACCAAGGCCAUGAUGGAGUUCCGUUCGCCAUUCUGGGUCAAGGCCGGCUUCUGCGGACUCGCCCAGUCGUUCACCGGCCCUGCCAGUGUGAUUCGCGACAGCUGCAUCCCAGAGGAUCGCAAGUAUAUCUUGACAUGUUUCAUGGGGAGUGACCCCGGCCGCGCCUGGGCUGCGCUGUCGGCCAAGGAGCGCGAGCAGGCCUUACUGCAGCAAAUUGCCAAGCUUUUUGGUGCAUUGAACCUGGACAACGAGUUUGUCCAGAUGAGUACAUACGAGUGGGUGAAUGAUGAGUGGUCGGGCUGGGGCUGUCCAUGCACUGCGCUCACCCCCGGUGUCCUCGACACACUGGGCCCCGAUGCGCUGCGCAAAAGCGCGGGCAACCUGCAUUUUGCGGGCACUGAGACUGCUGAAGAAUGGAAGGGGUACAUGGAGGGUGCAAUUCGCAGCGGAGAGCGAGCCGCCGUGGAGGUGGUCAAGCAGUUGAGUGCAGGUAUCACUUCACACCUGUGA